AUGCGGUUCUACUCCAACAGCUGCUGCCUGUGCCUCCAUGUCCACACCAGCACGAUCCUGCUAGGUGUCUGGUACCUGAUCAUCAACGCCGCGGUACUCUUGAUUUUGUUGAGUGCCCUGGCUGAUCCGGAUCAGUAUCACUUUUCAAGUUCUGAACUGGGAGGUGAUUUUGAGUUCAUGGAUGACGCCAAUACGUGCAUUGCCAUUGCGAUUUCUCUUCUCAUGAUACUGAUAUGUGCUACGGCUAAUUACGAAGCACACAGGCAACACGCAUUCUGGAUCAUCCCAUUCUUCUGUUACCAGAUCUUUGAUUUUGCUCUGAACACCUUGGUUGCAAUCACUGUGCUUGUUUAUCCAAACUCCAUUCAGGAAUACAUAGGACAACUGCCUCCUAAUUUUCCCUACAGAGAUGAUGUCAUGUCAGUGAAUCCUACCUGUUUGGUCCUUAUUAUUCUUCUGUUUAUUAGCAUUAUCUUAACUUUUAAGGGUUACUUGAUUAGCUGUGUUUGGAACUGCUACAGAUAGAUGAACGGCAG